AUGGUCACAGCGAAGGAGCCGACCAAAUAUGGCAGAGAUCGUCAAGAUCAGCAUUACCUAGUGAUCAUUGAUAACAUGAUGAAUCUUGACAUGCUUUACGAAGCUAGCAAGCUUACUGGCGACCCUAAAUACGCAAACGUCGCUACGCAUCAAGCUGAAAAGAGCAUGACGAGUCACGUACGAAAAGACGGGACGACGUAUCACGUCGUCAACUUCGAUCAAAAGACGGGGGAGCCGAUGGAAUUCAUGACUGCUCAGGGUUACGCUGAUGAUAGUGUCUGGUCUCGUGGACAGGCUUGGGGCAUUUAUGGAUAUGCACAGUGUGCUCUGAGAACAGGCAGGAAAGACUUCCUGGACACCUCCAGAAAGCUGGCAGAUGUCUUUCUAUCACUCUUACCAGAAUCAGGCGUUCCGUGGUGGGACUUCAGAGCUCCUACUCCAUGCCCUUAUGACGCUUCAGCCGCGACUAUCACUGCUCGUGGACUCCAGAUGCUGCACAAGUUGCUAAGGGAUUCCGAUCCGACUGCAGCGAAUCAUUACUUGGACAGAGCCAAAAAAUUGAUAGACGACACGGUGCGAGAGUGUCUGACGCCCGAGGCGAGACUAGUCGACGGCAAAGUGGAUUGGGGUAAGGACGAUUGGGAGACGAUACUACAGCACUCCACUAUCAAUGGGAACCCUGUUGCUGUGAGGCGAAUAAUGGAUCAUGGUUUGGUAUAUGCCGAUUACUACUUUGUCGAGUAUGGCAACGAGGCUUUGAAGAUGAGCCGAGGGACGUAG